GCGAUGCAAAUCGGAAAGCGGCAGUGUACCGCGUUGCGCAGAAAGUCUCUGGAUCCCAUGGUUAUGCCUCAGUCUUGUAAUCGAAAGCUCGUACACGUCUCGAGACUCGCACUUUAGCAGCACACACCCGAGAAGUGGCUCAUAACGGGCUCCCGCCUGGAACGUCAGACGACAGUCAGUCUACAGAAGCCUCUCGCACUCACAAUCUGCACUUUCCAGCAGACUUACUUGGGCCCGAAAUACUCCAGCCGUGGAAUCAGCCUGCAAAUUUGCCCAAGCGUGAUCUGUCAAUACGGAAAAGAGCACUGCUUCGCCAGCGGCGUGUACGCACUCUUCCUCCUUAGCCGAAAAGGGGGCAGUCAGCAGCUUGGGGCCUGGGUGUGCACGACACAAUGGCGGUCAACGAAAGGCGCGAAAUGCAGCUCCUCUUCGAAUUGAUGGCACAGUAGGCUCAACUUACCGCCCCACUUGUUCUGCCCACCAUUGACAAUCUUGGAGCCGUACCACAUUCCGUCCUUUCGGCAGAUGAUGGUCCCCCACCAUCGUCCACCGUUUUGCGAUCUUGCGGGGAUGCGUGCGCGGCGGACAUCAUUAGCAUUUGGAUCCUGCCGUCAUUCUGCUUGGUCUCGAGCUCAAACUUACAUCCACACUCGCUACGGAAGCAUCAGGGGGGGUUUCACAGACGCUGGCUUCGAUGAGCUGCGCCAGCUGGCCACCGUUGAAAGCAGCUUGAACACUCACUUGACCAGCAAAGAAUUUGCAAUCACACGCUAUCAAUGAUUCCAUCGCCAAGGAGCUAGGG